AUGGAUGAAUGCACUGCUCAUUUUGACGACCUGGACCUGGAGACAGCUGAUCUCAUUCUCAAGCUGCAGCUCCAAGACGUCGAAGAACUUCGUACUAAUUCCAAAGACAAGAAUCGGGAUGGCGAGCUCAACGAUGCUCAAGUGGCACUCUCCUUGUUUGAAGAGAAUAUCGAAAGCAUGCGCUCGAUUUUAUUCGAUCGACAGAUGACACAAAGCAUCACAGCUGCUGUGCGAGCAGACGCAGAUGCUAUUGCCGACGUUAUUCGCGAGGAAGAAGUCGCUUGCGAAGACCACGCUCAUGCGCAUCGUCUGAAUGGAAGUUGCGUCACAUCCGAAGUCCACUUGCAGUCCAGUGAUCUCAGCAAGAAGAUUCUUGCAAGACUUGCGGGACGUUACGUGUCCCAAGAUGUCGGCUAUGAGCUGCUCAAAGAUACCGAACCCGACAAAUGGCGUGAACCAGAUGACCAUGGUCAGGCCGAGAGCUCCAUAAGCGGGUCUGCUCGCGAGCACGCACUCCGUGACCCCUCCACUCUCCGAUGCGUGAUCUGCCUAGAGGUCAAGAAGUACUUUGAUGUGAUCGAGGUACCCUGUGGCCACGGCUAUUGCAAACCAUGUUUGCAGGACCUUGUCAGUAGGGCCACCAAGGACGAAUCGUUGUUUCCUCCCCGCUGCUGUCAAGAGCCUUUCGAAAUGAACGUGGUCGACAUCUUCCUCACAAAGGAACUCAGAAACCAAUUUGAACACGCAAAAGUCGAAUUCGAUGUCGAUGUGGUGCACAAUUCUGCUACGUCUGUGGUACUCAAUGGAAACAAUGCGGCUGUGAUCAAUGGGACGAGGGCAGAUUACUUGCACGAGCAAACACUCUCGCCAACCGUGGCCGCCCCAAUAUGGCUCGUGACGAUCCCGGAAGAUUGGAGAGAGCUGUGCGUGAAGCAGCCAAUAUGCUACGAGAUAGGCACAACUGCAGACAUACCAGCUGGCGAUACAUUCAAGGGCCGCACAACUGCGAAGAGUGCUUCCACAGCCUACCCAACUAUAUCUUCGAAUGCAACCAAUGUCGAAUCCAGGCUUGUAAUCGGUGCAGAAGAAAUAGGCUAUGAGAGGGUUGGGGCCUUUCGACGCAGCCAUGGGAAAAGAGGCUAUGGACUCCAAAUGUUUGCUGCUAAAGGAUUCUACAAGUACGUCUCGACGUGUGCCUCUAUACAACACAUUGCUGAGCAGCUCAGCGGUUUUCAUUCCCUUUCUCUUCUCGAUCAUUUUCCAGCGCACAAUCUUAACGCGCCUCCAAGACCUGGAUCCUCAUCGCGUCCCCCCAUGCGCCCAAACUUCAUCCGCCUCGCCGUCACCAACCCCACGAAUCCCCUGUGCAAGACAAUCGCAGAGUCCUCUACGCCGUCGUCGCGUCUCCGGAAGUCUCCACCCCUAUCUCUGGAUCACUUCAUCCAGCGCCAACGUGUUCUCUCGCUCUACCGCGACAUCCUGCGCUCUCUGUACCGACACAUGUCCCAGCCCCAGAGAGGGGAGAGCAUCGCGUAUGCGAAAGGCGAAUUCACGCGGAAUAAAGACGUUCGAGAGAUCGAGAGGAUCAGGUAUCUGAUCAGUACGGGCAAGGCUGAGUGGGACGGCGUCAGGAGGGGCGUGGAGGAAAUGGGCCCGGCGCGAGGAUGA